AUGGUUGUUCUGUACAUUCUCGAAAUGAUAUGUAAUGUACGUGCAAACGGAAGAACUGCAAGUCCACAGUUACCCACUGCAGUUGUAAUUCAGCCGAAAGACGAAGAUGCCAAGAAAGAAAAAGAAAAAGAGAAAAAGGGUGACAAAGAUGAAUGCCGCCACAAUUCAAAUCGUCACUUCCCUUCGAAAUCGAAACUGCUGGAACUCGACAUUAAACGUCCUGACAAAGAGAAAAAGCGGAAAAAGAGAAUUUGA